AAGUCGUUUAAUCGUGAAGUAAACUAUAGAAUGGCGGCACUGCAGAAAUCGGCUGUUCUGUAUCACUACCCCUGCCCCGACGGCGCCUUCGGUGCAUUAGCAGCCUACCUAUACUUCUCUCAUGCUCCGGCCUCCCCUCCUCCUCGCUUCUUUCCCAACACCGUCUACUCUCCUAUCAGAGCUGAGGACUUGCCCUUGAAUAAAAUUGAUAAUGUUUACCUGCUGGAUUUUGUGGGGCCGCCAGGUUUCGUCGAGCAGCUCUCUCGUAAAGUUGGAAGGGUUGUAGUCCUGGAUCAUCAUAAGACUGCACUCGAGUUGUUGGGUUCGGGGACAUCAACUAAUGGGAAUGUGACUAAAGUGAUAGACAUGGACAGGAGUGGAGCUACUAUAGCUUAUGAUUAUUUUAAGGAGAAACUCUUGUGUGGGGACAUCAACAGUGAUACCAAUGGUGCCAUUGCUGAAUUCCAAAGAGUGAGGAGACUAGUUGAAUAUAUUGAGGAUGCUGAUCUGUGGAGGUGGCGCCUUCCAAAUAGUAAAGCAUUUAGUAGUGGAUUGAAGGAUUUGAAUCUUGAAUUUGAUGUCACGUUAAAUCCCUCCCUCUUCCAACAGCUUCUCUCCUUAGAACUUGACUCAGUAAUAAGUCAAGGUAUGUCAAGCUUGGCAGACAAACAGAAAAGGAUAGAUGAGGUUCUCGAGCUUUCCUAUGAAAUAACUCUCGGUGGUGGUGCUUUUGGAAAUUGCCUGGCUGUCAAUGCGGAUUCCAUCCAGGAACUAAGGAGUGAGCUUGGAAAUCAAUUAGCUCUUAAAAGCCUCAAAAUGAACCUGAGGGGAAUUGGAGCUGUUGUAUACAGAGUUCCUGAACUUGAGAAUGACUCACGGUUGAAAAUUAGCCUAAGGAGUGUUCGUGAAGAGGACACUACACCCAUAUCACAGAAAUAUGGAGGUGGUGGACAUCGGAAUGCCAGUUCGUUCAUGUUUGAUAGUGCCGGAUUUCAAAGAUGGAAGGUCUCCGGUAACAACUCUAUCUAGGAUGUCCCCCUCAGAUAGGCUGAAAAUGGCACCAUUACAAUCAGGCGAAGCUUUCUGCCCGAGCGAAUCCUGAAGAAAAGGAAUCCUUAACUUAUUAAAUAAUGUCAUGACUUUGUUUGACUGUACCAUCAUGAAGUUUAACUUAUGACAGAAACAUUAGUUUUUUUCAUCAUAUAUAAAUGUCAACUAGGCUCAACAAUCUAUCUAGUAAUAUCAUUUCAAAUA